UUUUUCACCGGGUUUAGGCCUGAUAAAAGGCUUUCAAGCAAAGCUUGUGCUUAAGGAAGGCAGCUUACCGGUAUUUUGCAAGGCACGACCUGUACCGUAUGCCAUUCGUGAGCCAGUUAGAGAAGAACUAAAGGACCUGCUAGCGGACGGCGUCCUUGUGGCAGUCACGCGAAGCGACUGGGCCACACCGAUAGUAGCCGUACAGAAGCCAGGCAACAAAGUGCGACUUUGCGGAGAUUAUAAAGUGACUGUAAACCCCUGCAUCAAGAGUGAUCAUUACCCCUUGCCCACGGUCGAGGACUUGUUCACUGUUUUGGCUGGCGGGAAGGUGUUUACCGUUCUUGAUCUCUCCGCAGCGUAUCAGCAAAUUGAGUUGCACCCGGACUCACGUCCCUUGUUGACCAUUAACACUCACAUGGGAUUGUACCAGUAUGUCCGAAUGCCAUACGGAAUUUCGAGCGCACCUGCAGUGUUCCAAGCCAUUAUGGACGAGCUUCUGAAGGGACUACCUGGGGUGGUCUGCUACCUCGACGAUGUUCUCAUCAUGGGAGCGACCUACGCCGAAUGUCGGGUCCGAGUGGAGGCAGUUCUGCAGCGGUUCAUGGAGCACGGCGUAAAAGUAAGGCAAGAAAAAUGCAAGUUUUUCAUGAAGUCUGUAAAAUAUCUGGGCCACAUCAUAGAUGAGCAAGGGUCAUCAUCGUAUUUGGCGCACUAUGAUCUCAGUUGUCGCUGCGCCAUUAAACUUACAAUCAAAUCAAAAAAUCAGAUGAGCAAGGCGUCCACCCAUGCCCUAAAAAGGUACAGGCCAUAAAGGAAGCACCUUCACCACGAAACGUGAGUGAGCUAAAGGCUUACUUGGGAAUGUUAACUUUUUAUUCAAAGUUCAUGCCAAACAUGUCCUCCAAGUUGAAGCCCUUGUAUGAGUUGCUCCAGAAAGAUAAAAAAUGGAAAUGGUCUGCGCAAGCAGAAUUGGCAUUCGAAGAAAGCAAGAAAUUGCUUACACAGGACAGUGUGCUAACUUUCUACGACCCAAGGAAGCCACUAGGACUAGUGUGCGAUGCGUCCCCUUAUGGGGUAGGAGCAGUUUUAUUUCAUGUCAUCAACGGCGAAGAAAAGCCAAUUGCGUAUGCGUCACGCACGCUGAGUAAAGCCGAAAGCGGCUACGCCCACAUCGAAAAAGAAGCGCUAGCUGUUGUGUUCGGAGUAAAACGGCUCCACAAGUUUUUGUAUGGGCGAGAGUUUACAAUUUAUUCCGAUCAUCUUCCCCUAGCAGGGCUUCUUGGUCAAACAAAACCAAUUCCUCAAAUGGCUGCUGCGAGAAUGCAACGAUGGAUGCUAAUGCUGCUUGCUUAUCGUUACAAGUGGGUCUACAGAAAAGGAGAGCAAGUGGCAAACGCUGACGCGUUAUCAAGAUUACCCCUUCGAAAUGAAGCAGACAAAAGUGACUAUGUGCAUUUCUUUUCGGCAGUGCAAGCAGCACCGUUAUCAGCAGACAAGAUACGGGAAGAAACGCAAAGGGAUGCGGUCUUGUCAAAGGUACUCUUUUUUGUUUUGAAUGGUUGGCCUGCGAAAUCGUCGGACGACAACAUGGCACCAUUUUUUGUGCGGAAAGAUGAACUGUCGGUAGACUGCGGUUGCGUCACGUGGGGAAACAGAGUUGUCAUCCCAAAAGCACUACAAGCGGAAGUAUUGCAACUUUUGCACGAAGGACACCCAGGCGUGACGCGCAUGAAAAUGUUAUCGAGAAGCCACGUUUGGUGGCCUAAGUUAACCACGUGCAUUGAGGAAGCCGUAAAAGGCUGUUCAACCUGUCAGCUUACUCAGAACGCAGCACCUAAAAUACAGGGUUUAUCGUGGGGUUGGCCAACCAGACGUUGGCAGAGGGUUCAUUUGGACUUUGCAUACUACAAGAACGAAUGGUUUUUGGUUCUUGUUGACGCCUACUCCAAAUGGGUGGACGUCCAAUACAUGAAGUCAACCACAGCGGCAAACACUGUGGAAACACUACGCACGGUUUUUGCAGCUUUCGGACUUCCGGAGAAAAUUGUGACGGACAAUGGUCCUCAAUUUGUGUCUGACGAAUUUUCAAAUUUCCUCAGAACGAACGCUGUGCAGCAUACGAGGACACCGCCGUACCACCCAGCCUCAAAUGGAGCAGCGGAAAGACUUGUCCAGACAGUCAAACGAAGUCUCCUACGCCAAUUUCGGGAUGAGGAGAGCACAGGAGUGACUCGGACGAUUCGACAUCGACUGGAUCAGUUUCUCUUCGUAUACCGUAACACACCGUGUCCAACAACUGAACGAUCCGGAUUCCAGAGGAGACCAGUACACAGCAACCGCCUGACCCGGCUUUGGCAGUCCAGCCUCAAGUAGAAGACGAAACAGGGACCCCAUUGGCAACGCCUGUGUCUACUGAAGAUGAAGUCGCCACGGAAAACAACGCUCCGGUACCGCAACUACGACGA